AUUCAGGUGCACCUGGAAAUGGCCAGAAGUUGAGUCAGCAAGUGAUGAGCUCGAGUGGAAUUUGGAAGAGUCUGGAAAGACCAUCAUCAAAGAGGGGAUGCUGACCAAACAGAACAGUUCAUUCCAGCGAUCAAAAAGGAGAUACUUUAAGCUCCGAGGGCGAACGCUGUACUACGCCAAGACUGCAAAGUCCAUCAUAUUUGAUGAGGUGGACCUAACAGAUGCCAGUGUGGCCGAAUCAAGCACCAAAAAUGUCAACAACAGCUUCACGGUCAUCACUCCCUGUAGGAAACUCAUCCUGUGUGCUGAUAACAGGAAAGAGAUGGAGGACUGGAUGGCAGCGCUCAAGACCGUGCAGAACAGGGAGCAUUUCGAGCCCACCCAGUACAGCAUGGAUCAUUUCUCAGGGACGCACAACUGGUAUGCCUGUUCUCAUGCACGGCCGACCUACUGCAAUGUGUGUCGGGAGGCCCUGUCGGGGGUCACAUCCCAUGGGCUGUCCUGUGAAGUGUGCAAAUUUAAGGCCCACAAGCGGUGUGCUGUCCGCGCAACCAAUAACUGCAAGUGGACCACCCUGGCCUCGAUCGGGAAGGACAUCAUCGAGGACGAGGACGGGAUCGCCAUGCCCCACCAGUGGCUGGAAGGAAACCUGCCCGUGAGCGCCAAGUGCACGGUGUGUGAGAAGACCUGCGGCAGCGUGCUGCGCCUGCAGGAUUGGCGCUGCCUCUGGUGCAAGGCCAUGGUUCACACGGUGUGUAAAGAGUCCUUAGUGACCAAGUGCCCGCUCGGCCUGUGCAAGGUGUCAGUCAUCCCGCCCACGGCGCUCAACAGCAUUGACUCCGAUGGGUUCUGGAAGGCCACCUGUCCCCCAUCUUGCACAAGUCCCCUACUGGUCUUUGUCAAUUCUAAAAGCGGGGACAACCAGGGCGUGAAGUUCCUCAGAAGAUUCAAGCAGCUGUUGAACCCUGCCCAGGUCUUUGACCUCAUGAACGGAGGACCGCACCUCGGCUUGCGGUUAUUCCAGAAGUUUGACACCUUCCGGAUUCUGGUUUGUGGCGGGGAUGGUAGUGUUGGCUGGGUCCUCUCUGAAAUCGACAGCCUCAACCUUCACAAGCAGUGUCAGCUGGGAGUGCUGCCCCUGGGGACGGGGAAUGACCUGGCCCGAGUACUUGGCUGGGGCGCGGCCUGUGACGAUGACACCCAGCUCCCCCAGAUCUUGGCAAAGCUGGAGAGGGCCAGCACGAAGAUGCUGGACAGGUGGAGCGUCAUGGCGUAUGAGACCAAGCUCCCUCGGCAGGCCUCCUCCUCCACCGUCACCGAAGACUUCAGCGAGGACUCUGAGGUACAGCAGAUUCUCUUCUAUGAAGACUCAGUGGCAGCCCACCUUUCUAAAAUCCUCACCUCGGACCAGCACUCUGUGGUGAUCUCCUCAGCCAAGGUGCUCUGCGAGACAGUGAAGGACUUUGUGGCCCGAGUGGGUAAGGCCUACGAGAAGACGACCGAGAGCUCGGAGGAGUCGGAGGUCAUGGCGAAGAAGUGCUCUGUCCUGAAAGAGAAGUUGGACUUGCUCCUCAAGACCUUGGAUGAUGAGUCCCAGGCCUCGUCCUCGCUGCCCAACCCACCCCCGACCAUUGCCGAGGAGGCCGAAGACGGUGACGGGGCGGGCAGCAUCUGCGGCUCUGCCGGGGGACGCCUGGGGGGCUCGGCGUGCCCUGCCCGACCACAGAUCUUCCGGCCCCGGGAGCAGCUCAUGCUGCGAGCCAACAGCCUGAAGAAGGCGAUCCGCCAGAUCAUAGAGCACACGGAGAGAGCUGUCGAUGAACAGAAUGCCCAGACCCAGGAGCAGGAGGGCUUUGUACUGGGCCUGUCUGCAUCAGAGGAGAAGACGGAUCCGAGGAAGGACGACAAUGUGUGCCCACCACCGGCCCACAGCGAGGGCUGUGGGGUCCCCAAGGGGAGGAGCCACCGCAAAGCAUCACGCUCCCCUUGUGAAAAGCUGAUGAGCAAAGGGGCUCUGUCUGUGGGCAGCUCUGCCUCUCUUCCUCCUCACACGGGAAGCCGGGACGGCCUGCCGGCGCUGAACACCAAGAUCCUGUACCCAAGCGUUCGGGCUGGGAUGUCCGGUUCCUUGCCUGGUGGCUCAGUCAUCAGCCGCCUACUGAUUAAUGCUGAUCCCUUUAAUGCUGAGCCAGAAAACCUAGAGUACUACACAGAGAAGUGUGUCAUGAACAACUACUUCGGCAUUGGCCUGGACGCAAAGAUAUCGCUGGACUUUAACAACAAGCGGGAUGAGCACCCUGAGAAAUGCAGGAGUCGGACCAAGAACAUGAUGUGGUACGGAGUCCUGGGCACCAAAGAGCUGCUGCACAGAACCUACAAGAACCUGGAGCAGAAGGUCCUGCUGGAGUGUGACGGGCGCCCGAUCCCCCUCCCCAGUCUCCAGGGAAUCGCCGUCCUCAACAUUCCCAGCUAUGCCGGAGGGACCAACUUCUGGGGGGGCACCAAGGAAGACGAUACUUUCACAGCUCCAUCAUUUGACGAUAAGAUUCUGGAGGUGGUUGCUGUGUUUGGCAGCAUGCAGAUGGCUGUGUCCCGUGUGAUCAAGCUGCAGCAUCACCGCAUCGCCCAGUGUCGCAUGGUGAAGAUCUCCAUCCUGGGCGACGAGGGUGUGCCUGUGCAGGUGGACGGAGAGGCCUGGAUCCAGCCGCCAGGGUACAUUCGCAUAGUCCACAAGAACCGGGCACAGAUGCUAACCAGAGACAGGGCCUUUGAGAACACAUUGAAGUCCUGGGAGGACAAGCAGAAGUGCGAGCUGCCCCGCCCGCCCUCCUCACUGCACCCGGAGAUCCUGUCGGAGGAGGAGGCCACCCAGAUGGACCAGUUCGGCCAGGCGGCGGGGGUCCUCAUCCACAGCAUCCGGGAGAUAGCUCAGUCCCACCGAGACAUGGAGCAGGAACUCGCCCACGCUGUCAACGCCAGCUCCAAGGCCAUGGACCGAGUGUAUGGCAAGCCCAGGACUGCAGAGGGGCUGAACUGCAGCUUUGUCCAGGAAAUGGUGAACAGUGUCAGAGCCCUACGCAGUGAGACGGAACUGCUGCUGGCUGGGAAGAUGGCCCUGCAGCUGGACCCCCCCCAGAAGGAGACACUCAGGGCUGCCCUUGCCGAGAUGGACCGGCAGCUCGGGAAGCUGGUGGACACGCCCUGGCUCUGCCAGCCUGUGGAGCCUGGCGACGAGGAGAAUGUGAUGUUAGAUCUAUCCAAACGCAGCCGCAGUGGUAAAUUCCGCCUCGUGACCAAGUUUAAAAAGGAGAAGAACAACAAGAACAAAGAGGCCCACAGCAGCCUGGGAGGCCCCGUUCACCUCUGGGGGACAGAGGAGGUUGCUGCCUGGCUGGAGCACCUCAGUCUCUGUGAGUAUAAGGACAUCUUCACGCGACACGACAUCCGGGGCUCCGAGCUCCUGCACCUGGAGCGGAGGGACCUCAAGGACCUCGGCGUGACCAAGGUGGGCCACAUGAAGAGGAUCCUGUGUGGCAUCAAAGAGCUGAGCCGCAGCGCCCCUGCCACCGAGGCCUAGCCUCCGCCUUCUCUGUGUGCAUCCCCCGCCCCUCCUGCGACUGAGGCCCCGGCCGCCGCUGCCCUGGCCUUUCUCAUGGUGCUACUCCCCCUGAUGGCGACAGGAAGCCUUUCUGAUACCCAUUCCUAACAGCUCUGGUCUCGAACAUACCAACAACACAGCUACCUUGAAAACGCCACCUUUCCCAGCUUGAAGUCCUGGGGCAAACGGCGUUGCCCACUCUGGACUCUGACUGACCUAUGUCGUGGGCCACAGGUGCGUGAGGUUUGGCCUCCAGGACACCAAGUACUCUGUAGAAACUGCUUGCCUGGGCCAUGCCCUUGUGUGGUCCUGUGGGCCCCUCUCCAGGUGGCACCACCUCCACCCUGCUGGCUCUCGAAAGCAUGACCAGGUGCGGCCCACGGUGGCCCCAUGCCAGAAUGUCCUUGGUGCCUGACAGCCGCCCCGUGGUUCUCCACGGCAGCCCCGCAAGGCAGCCCACUGCUACUGUCCCGUUUGUUCCUAGGGUUUUUAAACACAGCUGUGCACUUUCCUGGAUGCACUUGCAGUCCCGUUUCAGUCUGUGAGAAGGAAAGCCCUCCUGCCCGAGAACAUGGGUGGCAGUUCUCACAGACAAGCCUCCUCUGCCUCAGGGUCCCUGGUCCUCCCACUGUGUCUGCUUCCCCUUAUUUGUGGCAAGGGGACAUCUUGUCUGUCCUACAGGAUGCUGGAGAGCAGUGUGGGGCAGAGGAGAGGUGUGGGUCUGGCGGAGAAGCUGCCUGGACUCCGGGAAAGCCCCUUCUAUGGGCAGACAAGUUUCCAGAUUUGGAAUCUCUGGCACUGUGGCAGCUUCCUGUCUGCUGGUGCCAGAGCUGGUGUGCUUGCUGCUAUCUGCGGGCACUCUUGACUGAGGCCCACGCUGCUCUAGCCCUACACCUGCCCCCCUGGGCAGGGCUAAUGGUGCCAGCAGAUGGCAGCGCCAGUGGCUGGGGUGCUCCUGGGAUAGCUGUGUGCUGGCCCUCAGCGCUGCUGCCUGCCUUUUCCUCUCCUUUUAGGGAUGGUCGUAAUGCGGCUUGGAGAGGGCUGCCAGGCUGUGGCUCCACACCAGAGGACAGUGACACUGGCAUGCCCGGCCCUCGCAUUGAGUCAGUCCGACAUACAUAAGCAGGGCAGGGGAUGCCCACAGGGCUGGGCAUAGACUCAGGUGGCACUGGGCUGCCCCUGUUGGUGUCCUUCUAGUCCAGAGGGUGGGGUGCAUUGCCCUGCCUGCCCCAGGUUAGUUUUCCAGCCUCGCUGUCUGUUGCCUGAUCCUGCAUGAUGGUGGCAUCGAGAC